AUGAUUAAUGAAAUGCCAAUGAUAUUGACUCUUCCAUAUGAGCUUCUGGUCUCUCUAGUAGAGUACCUGGAUGGCCCAAGCCGUGCAGCACUAGCACGAACAUGCCAUGCUCUUAACUUCUCGAUGACACCGCAUCUUUACGAAUCUGCCAACAUCCAACUCGGCAAAAGCAACGAGUUCGUACGGACAGUCGAGACAAAAUAUGCCGAUUUGGUCCGCCAUGUCACAGUCGCGAUCCAAGAUUGGGGUGUCGAUAUCUCUCCUUGUCGUGUUGUGCCAUGUCUCGAGAAGCUAGAGAACAUGCAAAGCCUCACGCUAGUCGGUGGCUACUGGAUGUGGGACACUGAAGACGAAAAUUGGGAUACCCUUGAAGGCUAUCUCUGGGACUACCUUGAAAAAGCGAGCUUGAAGCAACCUUUAGAAUCGCGAGUUUCUACGAAUCUUCGAUCCCUGACUCUCGACCGUUCUGAACGCAAUGGCCAAGCAGCAUUCAUUCACUACUCGCACGUCUUCAUCAUCCCGCAACUCCAUAAUCUCACGUUGCGUGGUUUUAUGCUUGAGGAAGAAGAUGGCGAGAUCGAUCUUCGGUAUGAACGCCAGACCGAACUUCAAUCAUUACGCAUCGAGAACAGCUUUGUGAACUUUCCGGCUUUAAAAAAGGUCUUGCGUGCUCCAAGGGCAUUGAGAUGCCUUAGUAUCAGCCAUGCAGAGUGCUUCUGGCACCAUGAGCUGAAGAACGCGGAAUACAACCACGCAACGGUGGCUGAGUUUGUAGAGGCUUUGUUCCUACAUCGUGAUACGCUCGAGGAGAUUCAAGUGAAGGUUAAUCACAUUUACGACAAUCAUGACAAUUACGAUAUGGAGUGCGAUUCAACAAUCAAUGCUCCGAGCUUUCAUAAACACGCAGCACAAUUUCCGGUACUAAAGCGCUGGAUCGGCUGUGAUAGAACCACGUUGGCGGAGUAUCUUGGGUCAGGCGAAUUUAGUUCAUCUGACGAAGAUGGUGAAUGA